CUGCUGUGCCCUGGUUGGCUGUUGCCGUGGGUUACCCUGUGAUUGGCAGGUGGGCGGGGCAGGGGAUAAUGUGUCUCCUGCCCUUUGAGGUUGGUUGGGAUUCAGGAGCAGAGCUUCAGUCAGGAAAGUGUUUCACACCAGCCACUAAAACAACAGGCACGGGAGGAUGGGACAAGCACAACAGACCCACCUGGAAGUGCUGUGAACCUACUGGGGCAAGAACUAACAUUCUACUGGGGCAAGAACUACCCUUCUUACGGGGUGGGAACUACCUUCUCUGACUGCAGACAGGAUGGACCUGUCCACUGUGGCCUGCGCUCUGCUGCUGAUAAUCAUCCUACCGAGCGAAGCGACGCUCCAACGCGGCGGUGUGCGCCGGUACAUGUCCACACGGCCGCUCGACAACCAGCAGUGCGCCUACACGUUUGUGGUGCCCCAAGCCGAGGGGGGGUGUCCGUACCAGCAGGACCCCCCCUCACAAGACUUCACUAACGACAUUCAGCAGCUGAGAGAACAGGUUUCGCAGCAGGGGAAGAUCAUCAACGGCAUGGCGUCCUCGAUCCGUGCCAGUAAGGGCGUGGCCAGUGCGGUCCAGGCAUUGGAGAACGGAAAGCGGGUGGUGGAGGACCGGCUGACGUACCUGCAGAUGCAGAUGCUGAAGGAUGAGGCCAACAGGAACGCUCACCGCGCAGAGAUGGCCACACUGGAGAAAACCAUCAUGAACCAAACUCUGCAGUAUGUGCAGCUGUACCACAUGUACCAGGAGCUCAUGGCAGCCUACAACAAGGUAAACACUGCCAUGGAGAACCAAACAGCGACGAUCGAGGCGCUCAUGAAGACAGUUGGGGGACUGGCGCGCGACCGGGAGGACCUGACACGGCAGGUGGCGCGCCUGAAAAAGACCGGCCGUCACGGUUCGGACAGACACGGCGGGUCGCGGAGCACGCAGACACGGCAGGCGCAGGUCGCCUCCGAGGCCGUGGUCAGGAUCGGAGACAUCGAGGACAUCGAUGAUGGCGUGGGGUCAAGGGUCAGCCAAGUGACACAGCCACAGCCUCAGCCGAGACCGCAGCCGAAGCCUCAGCCGAAGCUGCCAAAAGGAAACUACACUUGGAAUGAUACACUCCCCAAACCGCGGCACUGUGCGGAUAUCCAACGUGCAGGGAAGGCUACCAGCGGUGUGUAUCGGAUCUACCUGCCCGAUCACCAUGACAACCCCGUUCCCGUGUACUGCGAUAUGGACACCGACCCCGGCGGUUGGACCGUCAUCCAGAAGCGCGCCAACGGGACCGUGAACUUCUUCCGCAACUGGGCUGCGUACAAGUCCGGGUUUGGGGACCCGCGGGGGGACUUCUGGCUGGGUCUGGACAACAUGCACCUGCUGACGGGGAGGGGGGGCUACAAGCUGCAGAUCAGCCUGGAGGACUGGAACGGCAUCAAGGCCUACGCGGAGUACAACAGCUUCAAGGUCGACAGCGAGGACAACAAGUACCGCCUGCGCCUGGGGAAGUACCAUGGCAACAGUGGCGACGCCCUCACCUGGCACAACAACAUGGCCUUCACCACCAAGGACAGCGACAACGACCCAUUCAUCGGGAACUGCGCCGGGUACCAGCGCGGCGGAUGGUGGUACAACGCCUGCGCUCACUCCAACCUGAACGGCAUCUACUACCCGGGGGGGUACUACAGCAGCCGGUACCAGGACGCUGUGUACUGGGCAGAGUGGCGUGGCGGCAGCUACUCACUCAAAACUGUCAUGAUGAAGGUCCGGCCAACGGGCAACCAGGCGCUAACAUAGCACAACUACAGGACAACAGUAGCACAACUAUAGUACAGUAACAGCACACAGCUACUCACUCAAAAC